AUGUCAACCAUCCAUAAGCUGGUGUCAAACACGUGCCAUUCUCAAAUAGCCACUGUACAUAUUGACAAACUACUGACCGGGAUGAUCAAUCAAACAAUGGCAUGCGGUGACAAGGCUAAAACUAAGAAAGACAAGUCCGACGUUGGAGCUGUCAAUGCACUGUGCCAGACACUUUAUUCCAGUUGUAGACUUGGAAUGGCAGCGAGCUCACAAGUGCCACAGAAAGUUCUGGACGACAUUCAGAAUGCCAUGGAGCAAUGUUUGCGAACUCAUCCGAUUUUCGAUGAGAUUAAAACCUUAAAUAUAACGCCAAAGGAAAUUCCCAUAGAUGAAGUGAAGAAGAAGCUUCAGAAGUACAUCCAACUUCCGGAGGAAGAGAAGAAAUCAGCAGACUACGCCGACUGUGAUGUCCGCGGUGAAGUCAGAGACAACGCUUUCAAAAUUUGCUUGACAAUAAAUUUCUUCACUACUCAAAAUGUCAAGUGCAACGAACUAGUAGUGGACACUGUCCUGGGUCUUGCCGUGGACAACAGUGCAAUCAACGUCAAUUUCGCCAAAGAAAAUUCAGGAGAUUUCCACAAUGUGAUGAUUACUCGACUUUAACACAGUCUUCGCCACUGCAUGUGAAAUAACACAGUCUUCGCCACUGCAUGUGAAAUGAACUAACUCAUACUUUAAAUUCCAAGAUGAUACACACAAACGAUUUUCAGACACAAUUUUUUUAUGGUUGCUAGGUUCUAGACACCAGUAACUUUAGCAAAUUUUAAUAUCACUGCAGAGGCUGCAUUAGCUGCACCUAGGCGCCUGAGCAAAUAUCACUGCAGAGGCUACAUUAGCUGCACCUAGGCGCAUGAGCAAAUGUCACUGCAGAGGCUACAUAAGCUGCACCUAGGCGCCUGAGCAAAUGUCAUAUGCGGGGUCUGACCCUAACUCUUACCCAAAAUAUCAUGCUAGUAUCUUUCAUGGUUAUUGGAACUGCUGCCCGGAAGUCUUCAUCAAUAUUGAGUAACAUUUCCUUUUUUUAGGAUAAUGGUCUUCGCUUGAAUACAACAUACUGAAUAUCAGUCACUAGCGUACUGGUGCAGCAUAUUAGAAUGCGUGGCAGAGGACCGCAUAUUUGUAUAAUGAGAAUAUUCAUAUCGCAUAACUAUCUCAGAAGCAGGGCAUUUCGGCUUAUCUUAUCUUAUAUAAUACAGACGUUACUUCAAAAAAGAAGAUGAUUGCGUCCUACGCAUCAAGCAUCUAGCCAUGCAUGUUAAGCAAUGACAUGAAUUCUUCCAAGACACUGGUUUUCCUAGCUGGCUCAGGCAACUAAUUCUAUGCUCUAAUGGCACUAGGAUAGAAGGAGCAAUUUGUCCUAGCAUAAAUGUCAUUUGUCCUCCCCAAAGGCCGCCUCUGAUAACAGGAUCAAGACCUGUUCUUCUAGUAAUGUAAGGACAUCUUAUUCCAAGAGAGGUGAGAGCUGACAUGCUAACAUGUUGUAUUGACCUUCUGGCAAAGGAAGCACAAAGUGUGUGUACAUUUCAUUCUUAAGGACUACAUCUAACCAUUUACGUGUUUAUUCGUUUCAAGGUUUUACGCGUUCGUAUACACACUUGAUGAAGUGAAUUGUUCAUUUCUGGCACAGUGGAAAAUCGUUAUCAGUCUAAGCCAAGUGCUUAUUGCUAGGUCUCUAUACUGACUACUAUAAACUCUGAGUUAGUGUGUUGUUAACUUGUUGCUAGUAACGACCGUAUACAUAGAGUUCACAUACACAGGCUCUUUAAUGGGAAGUUUCCGGUUUAAUAUACCAGUGCUACUCAACUGUGACUCACGUGAGUGAUUGAACUUUUACAAAUUGAUUCGUACGGCUUGGGACGAACUAAAGAAAUAGCUGGUCUACGUUUGAUUAGGAAGUAAAUGAUUUGUUUUUAAAUGAGUAACAAUUGCAGUGGGGCUUUACUUUGAGCAAUGAUUCAAGUUAAGAAACAAAAUUAACGGGAAACAAUAUUACAUGGGUCAUCUCUUUGGGAAACGAUAUUACAUGGGUCAUCUCUUUGGGAAACAAUAUUACAUGGGUCAUCUCUUUGGGAAACUAUUACAUGGGUCAUCUCUUUGGGAAACAGUAUUACAUGGGUCAUCUCUUUGGGAAACAAUAUUACAUGGGUCAUCUCUUUGGGAAACAAUAUUACAUGGGUCAUCUUUUUGGGAAACAAUAUUACAUGGGUUAUCUCUUAGCAACCAAUACACAUUCGGAGAAAUAAACUUUUCCCACUAUACUUCUCAAUUUAAUUUUUUUCGUUGUAGUAAUAAUAGUAUUAAAUUGUUGUUAUAUCAAUUAUGUUUUGGCGAAUCUUUCCAUUGAAUGUUUUCUUGGGUAUCUAUUGUUUGUUCCUCUUAAUGUAAUGUGACAUAAACUAUGCCCAAGGACUCUAAUUCUUCCAUUCGUUGUGUGAACUAGACAUUUAGAGAAACAUGAAGCCUCGUUUUGAACAUCGUGGUGUACACGUGCAUGGAUAUAUCCAUUGAACACAAAUAUAAACUUUGUGAGAUGGCAACAAACAAAAAAGGAAAAGAAAAAGUCGAGUAAGGGCUGCUAGCAAUAGUGGCGUCUGCUAGAAAGUGGCGUCUGCUAGAAAGUUGCGUCUGCUGGAAAGUGGCGUCUGCAAGAAAGUGACGCCUGCUAGAAAGUGACGCCUGCUAGAAAGUGGCGUCUGCAAGAAAGUGACGCCUGCUAGAAAGUGGCGUUUGCAAGAAAGUGGCGUCUGCAAGAAAGUGACGUCUGCAAGAAAGUGACGCCUGCUAGAAAGUGGCGUCUGCAAGAAAGUGACGCCUGCUAGAAAGUGGCGUCUGCUGGAAAGUGGCGCCUGCUAGAAAGUGGCGUCUGCUGGAAAGUGGCGUCUGCAGGAAAGUGACGCCUGCUAGAAAGUGGCGUGUGCUGGAAAGUGGCGUCUGCAAGAAAGUGACGCCUGCUAGAAAGUGGCGUCUGCUGGAAAGUGGCGUCUGCUGGAAAGUGGCGUCUGCAGGAAAGUGACGCCUGCUGGAAAGUGGCGCCUGCUGGAAAGUGGCGUCUGCAGGAAAGUGGCGCCUGAUGGAAAGUGGCGCCUGCUGGAAAGUGGCGUCUGCUGGAAAGUGGCGUCUGCUAGAAAGUGACGCCUGCUGGAAAGUGACGCCUGCUGGAAAGUGGCGUCUGCAGGAAAGUGGCGCCUGCUGGAAAGUGGCGUCUGCUGGAAAGUGGCGUCUGCUAGAAAGUGACGCCUGCUGGAAAGUGACGCCUGCUGGAAAGUGGCGCCUGCUAGAAAGUGGCGUCUGCUGGAAAGUGGCGUCUGCAGGAAAGUGACGCCUGCUAGAAAGUGGCGUCUGCUAGAAAGUGGCGCGUGCUGGAAAGUGGCGCCUGCUGGAAAGUGACGCCUGCUGGAAAGUGACGCCUGCUAGAAAGUGGCGUCUGCUGGAAAGUGGCGUCUGCUGGAAAGUGGCGUCUGCAGGAAAGUGACGCCUGCUGGAAAGUGGCGCCUGCUGGAAAGUGGCGUCUGCAAGAAAGUGACGCCUGCUAGAAAGUGACGCCUGCUAGAAAGUGGCGUGAAUUCUAUCCCAACUUUACACCCUGGCUCUAAUGCUAGUGAACCUCAGCUUUGAAUGUCUGCCUAUUCUGGACUCACACAGAUUAUGGUCCAGCUUUGAUGUCUGCCUAGUCUGGUUUCAGACUUAUUUUGAGAUUGGUGGCUGAGAAGUUUUACUGGUCUCUGACUUAUAGUCAGACAUAAUUCUGGAUAUUUCGCUUGUAUUGCCUCCAUUACUAUAAGUGACUAUAAGUCAUCAGUAUUGACCAGUGUAGACCAAUCUUAUCUACCUGAUCUUUGGAAUGAUGUGGUUUAACAAGGGAAAUAUUUCUCAUAUGCAAAGAACUACACCAAAACAACAUACUCCGUUGUUGUGUACUGUGAAUAUGCAUUGAACUGUGUAUUUUGUGUACUGUGCAAAUGCAUUGAACUGUGUAUUUUGUGUACUGUGAAUAUGCAUUGGACUGUGUAUUUUGUGUACUGUGCAUAUGCAUUGGACUGUGUAUUUUGUGUAUUGUGCAUAUGCAUUGGACUGUGUAUUUUGUGUACUGUGCAUAUGUAUUGGACUGUGUAUUUUGUGUACUGUGCAUAUGCAUUGGACUGUGUAUUUUGUGUACUGUGCAUAUGCAUUGGACUGUGUAUUUUGUGUACUGUGCAUAUGCAUUGGACAGUGUAUUUUGUGUACUGUGCAUAUGCAUUGGACUGUGUAUUUUGUGUACUGUGUAUAUGCAUUGGACUGUGUAUUUUGUCUUUCUAUUUUUUACUUGUGAAGACAGGCGGGUGUGUUUUGUUUAGAGAUGUGCUUGCAUUGUGGACUAAAUCUUGCCAUUUCUAUUAAAAAGGUAUGAUGUAUAUAUUUGUGUUUUUGUAAUUCAUAGAUUUAUCACAUGAUAAUAAAAUGCAUUUAUUUUUCUUCUA